AUGUCGAGGACGGCCGCAGCGUUCGUGCUCGCGUGCCUCGCCGUGACGACGGCGGCGGCGGCGCUGGCGGAUGGCGCGCUGCUCCCGUGGUUCGGCGACGGCAGGCGCGACGAGGCCGCGGCGGUGUCGCCGCUGUCCGACGUGGGCCUCCUGGCGGACCCGUUCCGGAUCCUGGAGCACGUCCCCUUCGGGUUCGACCGGGACGACGUGGCCAUGGUGUCCAUGGCGCGCGUGGACUGGCGCGAGACCCCCGACGCGCACGAGAUCGUGGUGGACGUGCCCGGGAUGCGCAGGGAGGACCUCAAGAUCGAGGUGGAGGACAACCGGGUGCUGCGCGUCAGCGGCGAGCGGCGGCGCGCGGAGGAGCGCAGGGGCGACCACUGGCACCGCGAGGAGCGCUCCUACGGCAGGUUCUGGCGCCAGUUCCGCCUCCCCGAGAACGCCGACCUCGACUCCGUCGCCGCCAGCCUCGACAACGGCGUCCUCACCGUGCGGUUCCGGAAGCUGGCGCCCGAGCAGAUCAAGGGCCCGCGCGUCGUCGGGAUCGCCGGGGGAGACGGUGACGGCGACGCCAAGAAGAGCAUCGGCGGCGCUGGCGCCGGGGAUGAUCAUCAGGCCAAGAAGGUGGAGCUCUGA